ACAGUGAUUUCUUGUGCUUUGUUGAAGACGGUGCUUCAAUUUUUCUAUAAACUUCUAAAUGAAUUGAAUCCCACGAAUUCCAGUAUUUAUGGCGCUCAAUAAAAACUUAAUUUACGUGUCCUUAAUUGGUUUAUUUUUUAUCGGUGAAAGUGUGGGCUGCAGUCUCUAUGAACGGACAGCAUCUGGCCAAAAUGUAAUGGAAGAGAUGAGAAUAUUACCAAGCUUGAAUGAAUGCGGCCAUGUCGGGGCAUUCGAUCGCAUUUUGGGUGGAAAAGAAACGGCAAUGCAAGAAUUUCCCUGGACUGCAUUACUUAUUUACGUAGAUGAAACAGAUCCCGAUAACUAUCGCAUGGGUUGCGGUGGCUCACUCAUUAACCGUUAUUAUGUAUUUACUGCUGCACACUGUGGUACGUCGACGCUGUCGUUAGUACGCUUAGGCGAAUGGAAUAUAUCAAGCGAGAUAGAUAUAGCGGAACUAAAUAAAAAUAUCAAAGCUAUUGCUGCCCCACCCAUUAAGGAUAUUAAAAUAUGCCGACAAAUAAUUCAUCCAAAGUACAAUGAGUCUGGCGUAUAUGAUAAUGACAUAGCUUUAUUAGAAUUGGAAAGAAAAGUUGAUUACACACCUUAUAUUAGUCCCAUAUGUCUGCCCAUUAAUGAUGAGCAACGAAUGAAUCGCUAUAAUGAUGUUUCUGCCUACAUCACUGGUUGGGGUCAAAGGGAGACUAAUAUCUACAGUGAAGUCAAAUUGAAGGCAAGAGUUAAAAUUAUAACUAACGAUAAAUGCGAAAGCGAGUAUUUGUCGAAGUCGAAAAUAAAUAUUAGCGAAAAGUUAAUGUGCGCAAUCGGUAAUGAAAUGGAUACCGGUAAGGGAGAUUCCGGUGGUAGCCUCAUCGUUAUGAAUACCGUGAAUGGCAAAAUUAAUGCUUAUUUGGCCGGGAUAACGUCGGGAGGUCUACAAAAAAGAAUUAACGAGAAAGACGCAUCUGAAAAUUAUAACAGGAUUGCCGCGAUGGGCAUAUAUGUACACGUCGGAUCUUAUAUGAAAUGGAUAAUAGAAAAUUUAGGAUCUUUUGAAAAAUAAUAAAAAAAUACAAAA